GGAGCCAGCGAGGGCUGCCGGGAAAGGCGCGGCGUCGGCAGGAAGGGUGUGUGCCUGUUUGGGAGCAGAAAGCAGCGGGUCCUGGGAAGGCAGACUCUCUAGAUCAAGAUGUUCUUUACCUGUGGCCCCAAUGAAGCCAUGGUUGUCUCGGGUUUCUGCCGCAGCCCCCCAGUUAUGAUUGCUGGUGGCCGGGUGUUUGUGGUACCGUGCAUACAACAGAUUCAGAGGAUCUCACUUAACACUCUGACCUUAAAUGUGAAGAGUGAGAAAGUUUAUACCCGGCAUGGGGUCCCCAUUUCAGUCACUGGCAUUGCACAGGUGAAGAUCCAGGGCCAGAACAAAGAGAUGCUGGCAGCUGCUUGCCAAAUGUUCCUGGGCAAAUCCGAAGCAGAAGUCGCGCACAUUGCUCUGGAGACCCUGGAAGGACAUCAGAGAGCCAUCAUGGCCCAUAUGACAGUAGAGGCAAAAUUCAGACAUUACCAGAUAUUGUUUGCAAAAUGGGUGUUUUCUGGGGAUUCUGGAUUGCUUUUCCUGUCCAUCAUCUCCCCCUCUUGUCAAUUGUAGGAUUAUCUUCAUUCUCUGGGAAAAGCCCGAACUGCUCAGGUACAGAAGGACGCCAGGAUUGGAGAAGCUGAAGCCAAGAGAGAUGCUGGCAUCAAGGAAGCCACAGCCAAGCAACAGAAAUUGUCUGCUCAGUUUAUGAACGAUAUUGAGAUGGCCAAAGCUCACCGAGAUUUCGAGCUGAAGAAGGCUACUUACGACAUUGAGGUGAACACACGAAAAGCCGAAUCGGACUUGGCCUAUCAGCUGCAGGUGGCCAAGACCAAGCAGAAAAUUGAAGAGGAGAAGAUGCAGGUCUUGGUGGUGGAGCGAACUCAGCAGAUUCAGAUCCAGGAGCAGGAGAUGAUCCGUAAAGAACGGGCGCUGGAGGCCCAGGUCAAGAAACCAGCCGAAGCAGAACGUUACCGGUUGGAGAAAUUAGCCGAGGCUGAAAGGAUGCAGCUCAUCAUGCAGGCGGAGGCAGAGGCAGAAGCCAUCCGGGUGAAGGGCGAGGCUCAGGCGUACGCAGUUGAGGCCAAAGCCCGGGCUGACGCUGAGCAGAUGUCAAAGAAGGCAGAAGCUUUUAAGCAGUAUCAAGAGGUUGCCAUGGUGGACAUGCUUUUGGAGAAGCUUCCAGAGAUAGCCGAAGAGAUCAGCAAACCAUUGGCUUCCGUCAAUAAGAUCACCAUGGUGUCAAGCGGGAACGGAGAUGUGGGUGCUGCGAAGAUGACCGGGGAAGUCCUGGAAAUCAUGAAUAAGCUGCCUGACACUAUUGAGAAGCUGACCGGUGUUAGCAUCUCUCAGCAGAUGAAUCAGAAGAAACCAGGACGGAUGAACUGAUGGGGUCAGAAGGACAAGAAAAAGUCAUCUUGAGAGUGACCACCCAUGGAUCAUCAUCAAUAUGCACCCAUAUUUAGUGUUCCUCCUAUCAGUGCCCUCCUGUGAAUGCCAUACCUUUACUACGGACAAGAUUGUUGCAUGUCGAUCCGUAUCUGCAAAUGCUGAGGUCUCGUUACUCUGCUGUAAGCACCGUGAUAGCUGGUGAUGUCUCUGGGUGGACCUGCGACAUCAGUGUGUCGCACUGUGGAUCCGUUUAUACUGAUUUCCACCGUCACUUUGUAAAACAGGAUCCCGUCGUUCCUUUCCUUGAUGCUGUUUUUGUUACCUGAGCCUGCUGGUCACUAGAUACCCUUUUUUUUCCUAUAUACGUAAG